AUGGUAUCUUACCUCAUCAGCAAUGUCCGUAUCUUCGACGGCCUGGAACUUUACGAUCGCCCUCAUGCGGUCCACAUCGCCGACGGCAAGAUCCAAUUCGCUUUAUCGAUUUCUUAUGUCCAUGUCUUCCGGGGCGUGGAGGAAGCCAAGACAGCCUUGCAGUUUGGUGUGACGACUUUGCUCGACAUGCACAAUGUACCCGCCAACGCGAAGUAUAUGAAGGAGUUGAGUAAAUCUUCUUCCGAGCUGCCGCAGAUCUACGGUGCAUUCUAUGCAGCGACCAUAGCCAACGGAUGGCCUCGUGCAAUCGUGCGUCAUACGACCGACGAUCCUGUGCUGCUUGCCAGCCUUGUGGAUUAUCCAGAGUUGUCGACGCCCGAGUCUGCCCGGGCAUUCGUUGCGGCUAAUAGGAAGGAAGGCGCAGAUUUCAUCAAGCUGAUGCAAGAGACUGUGAUUGCAGAAGCUCGCCGAUAUGGCCUUCAGACGUUCGCACAUGCAACAAGUCUACGCGAGACUAUGCUAGUACUAGAAGCCGGUGUGAGCGCAUUAGCUCACCAAUUUUUUGACAAGCCACACGAUGACGCCCUCGUCCAAGCAUACAAGAAGAGUAAUGCCUUUCUGGUACCCACGCUUGUCGCAAUAAGUUCGAUGAUGGGCAUGGAAACGACAAAGACGUGGAUAGAUAGUCGAGCACUCGAUGCCCGGUUGCCGUCGCAGCUGCGGCAGGUCAUGUGUGAAUGCAUGAGCAUUGCACAGCCCACAUGUAGAGCUGACUAUGCAUAUGAGACCAUUAAGAAGCUCAAAUCAGAAGGCAUCGAUAUCGUUUGCGGCACAGACUCCGGACCGAAUAUACAUGGAACCGCUGCUGGACCUGCUCUUCAUCUAGAACUCCAGCUAUACGUGACGAAAUGUGGGUUCUCCCCUGUUGAAGCGCUGAGAACGGCUACCGGCGUGUCGGCAAAUCGUCUUGGUCUCAACGAUCGAGGUCGAAUCCUGCCUGGAAGAAGAGGCGACUGUCUUCUGGUCAAGGGUAAUCCAUGCAAAGACAUCGAUGACACUUUUAACAUCAGUCAUGUGUGGAAGGAAGGUGUGCUGUGCAAAAGCCAAGAUGAAGAUAACUAA